AUGGAAGAGGUGGAGAAGGAGAUUGCAGGGAGAAGGGAUGAGCAGCUGGCCAGACUCUCCAGGAAACUCUCCUCUCUUGAGAGGAUCAUCCAGGAGAUGGAGGAGAAGCGUCAGCAGCCAGCGAGUGAACUGCUGCAGGAUGUGAGAAGCACCUUGCAGAGGUAUGAUGAGAAAAGAGAGAGUCCAGAGAAGCCACUGCCUUUCCCUCCAGAGCUGAGGAACAGGGUCUUGGAAUCCUGUGAUCUAAAUCACCUUGUGGAGGAUCCCAUGAAACAAUGGGAAGGUAAUGGAAAUUGGCUGCCAGGAUUUCACACUGGGAUUUCUAUUAUUUCUUCAGAACUGAACAUGCCAGGCUCUUACUGCAUGGAAUUGCGUAACCCCAGGAUACCUUCCUUCUUGGGGCUCCAGCCUUCAUUUCCUGUCCCCCAGAAUGGCGCUGGAUCCU